AUGGCGAAGAGGCUCUCGGCGACCCACUGUGAUAGGCCAGGGUUCUCCAGGCAUUCCCCAGGGGAGGACUCUUGGUAUUCCCGAGGAGAGUUGCGAGGGGAUUCAACAGGGGAGGAGGAGGACCAGCAGGAGGAGAGAGGCGAGCAGGGGGAGUUGGAAAAGAGAGCCGACUGGAAUCGCAUGAGGGCGGCGGUCGGGGAGGCGAUGGAGGAGGGGGAGGAGGAAUAUGAGGGUGAGGGAGAGGAUGAAGAGGAGGCAGAGGCGGAAGAAGAUGCUGUAAUUGACUGGUGGGCGAUCUUGACGGGGAGAAGGGGCCUGGGUAAGGUGCUGUUGGGUGCGGUGCUGCUGGGUAGGGUGCUGCUGGGUGGGGUGCUCCUGGGUGGGUCGGCAUGGUUGGGUGGGGCGGUGGGGACAGUAGAGGCAGCAGUGGAAGAGACGGUGGCAGGAGCAGUGGAGGGAUCAGCAUUGGUGGAAGCAGCAGCAGCAGGAGUAUGUACAUUGCGGGCUGCAAUCUUUCCACCGCUACUGCUGCUGCUGGUGCAGUUAUCACCAGAGCUCGAGCCGCUUACUGCCUCAGCAGAAGACAGAGAAGCUUCAGUUGCGGAGGCGGGAGGAGUUGAGGCCGGUGAGGAAUGGUCUGGGAAGGUUAUAUGGAAGGCCCGCAGUGACGUCAGCCACCUGGAUGUCCACAAAAAGCAGCUUGAUUCCCGCGGCGUCCUUGGCUUGGCAGACGGCAGAAAUAUCUCGCCAAUUGACGCACUCCACUUCAGCAAACUCCUCCAGGUCACCCCACUCGCUCUCCUCCGCUGUACCCCCACCAACCUGUUCCUCCUCGUUGCCCUCGGAGCGGUCUUGGAGUUCCUCAUUGCCCCUCAUUGGCUGCUGGCGACCCACGUCUCUUAG